GUCUGACGUAUGUCACAUGUCCCCAUUAUUGCCGUCAUGUUUAGAGUUUGUGUCUGCCGACAGACGUUGAUUCAUUCCUGCUUUUAUUAAGUUUAUAUUACUGUGAUUAAGGUGCACCACAUCCAACCAGCAGCGUUGACUUAGCGAUGUAUGGACGUGUGUACGCCAGCAUCCUUCAGAGAGCUUCAAGCUACACGUUGACACUUUAUUCUGCAGCCCCAGUUCAGUAUGCCCACCUUGUAGCACUUCCCUCUUCUCAGCCCCAUCCAGCCAACCAAUGUCACUGCUCAUCCUGGAGUCCCUUCAGAUCAGACCAGUUGUGCUGGAUUGGUGAGGAAUCUGGAAACUGGUCUCGGAGUGGGCGACAUCUCUCCACUCGUCAGGAUCUAGACCUCCAGCUGAGCCGAGUCCAGAUCAACAGUAUUCUGAGGACCAAUGAGCAGACUGUUAGUGUGCCAGAGUUUGAUGGCAGGGGACUCAGUGCUGUGAGAAAGUUUGAGAGUAACCAGCUAGCUGCUAACACUCCUAAUGAGGACCGUCGCAGUGCUGCCACCUGCUUACAGUCAAAGGGCAUGCUCUUUGGAGUGUUUGAUGGCCAUGGGGGAUGGGCUUGUGCUCAGGCUGUGAGUGAGCGGCUGCUGUACUACAUAGCAGUUGCAAUGAUGCCAGAGCACAGCUUGGAGGAGCUUGAGAAAAGCAUGGAGCACGGCAGACCUGUUCCUCCCAUCCUGCAGUGGUAUAAACAUCAUGCAGAUUUUAAUUAUCGGGAAUCUGCGUCCCUGUACAUUGACCACCUCCGAGUUUUCUGGCAAGACUUACUGGAUGGUGAAGAACACGGGGAAGGCAUGAGUCCUCGAGAUGCUCUGGAUUGUGCUUUCAAACGGCUCGAUGCUGACAUCUCCUUGGAGGCUCAAGUCCCUCUUUCCAAUGACCUGAUGAAAAGUACAGCCAUCCAGGUUGCAUUUGCUGGGUGCACUGCCUGUGUGGCUCACGUCGGGACAGAUGGGAUCUACGUGGCGAAUUCUGGUGACUGCCGGGCGGUAUUAGGGGUGCAGAAUGAGGACGGGUCAUGGAGCGCUGUACCUCUCUCCCAGGAUCACAACUCCCAGAACCGGGAUGAGGUGGAACGAAUCAAAGCUCAGCAUCCACGCUCAGAGAGAGACACAGUGAUCACAGAUGAUAGACUGCUAGGGGUUCUGAUGCCGCUGCGUGCAUUCGGUGACGUGAGAUUCAAAUGGAGCCACGAGUUGCAGCAGAGCAUUUUGUCCAGUCUUGAAUCCGGAGUGGAUCUUGACUCUCUUAACUUGUAUCAGUACACUCCGCCUAACUAUCUAACACCACCCUACCUGGAUGUGGCCCCCGAGAUAACCCAUCACAAGCUGAGACCUCAGGAUCGAUUCCUGAUCCUCGGCACUGAUGGACUGUGGGAUGAACUGGGGAGUGAAGAGGCGGUACGACUCAUUGGAGAGCACCUGAGUGGAAUUCACUUACAGGCUCCAGUUUCCCCAUCUGAGAGGCAGCUAAAACUGGGUCAGAUGCAUGAACUCCUGCUAAAACGCCAGGCUCGUGCCUCCCCUGCUCUGGACACCAACGCCGCCACACACCUCAUCAGACAUGCUCUGGGCACUGGGGAAUAUGGAGAACUGUGUCAGGAGAGACUGUCUUCGAUGCUCGCGUUGCCAGAGGACCUCGCUCGAAUGUACAGAGACGAUAUCACUGCAACCGUGGUGUAUCUGAACUCUGACCUGGCCAAACCUCACCACAGCUAACUGACAUUUUUAUUCAGUAUUUUUGUAAUCAAAGCUGGACGGAUACACUCGUUAAUGACAAUCGAGCCUGUUUAGAUCGUAGUCAACAACUGCUUGACAAAAUCUACAGUCUGUUACGCAUAGAAUUUAAAGCCCUCUCUGCUGACAGUAUUUUUUGUUGUGUGCGCAUAUGGUGUGUUAUAUGCUAGAAGACAUGUCAUGAGGAAAAUAAGUAGUUAAUGACAUGGCUUACCAUUCCCACCUCCCAGACUCAUACGUGACAAAACUGAAGAACCAAUUCAGUCAAUGUCAUUAUUAUUCUUCAAAAUUCUACUCCAGUACUCCAAUAUUAUGACUACCUAUGGAGUAGCGCAGAAUAGUUUGAUAGUGUUUGAGCAGAGUUUGUAGGUUAAGUGGUGAGUUUGAGCUGCUGUGAGCCAUGGUGUGGAGUUAUAUUAAGGCAGGAAGGGAACAUUUUAUUGGGAAGACUUGUAAAUAUGUAAUUUUGAUACACUGACUUUUUGGAGUUUAAAGUGAAAAUGAAAGGACAGUUUUCUAUGUUGCAUUAUAUACAGGUAUUAUUUGAAAAUAAACACUGUAGCGCAGGUCACAUCGGCUGUCGCAUGUAUCAGGUCAAAAAACACAGGUUCUGUGAAGAAGGUCUUUGUAUUCAUUGUGUUCUUUUUGGUUGCUUGUCAACACUAGAAAUAGUGGGAGUGAAUACAGGUAGGUGAUCACAGCGCACCACAUGCUCACUUUUUGUCUGCAUUUCUGCUUCUGUUUUUCCUUGCCUUUUUUUUUUCCUGUUUACUUGUUUGUAAGUUAUAAGGUAUCACAAUUCUCUCUUUAAUGUAAUUGUGGUUCAUUGUAUUUAAUUUGUCACUUCAGUGCAGAUGUUUCACAUUAAACCGAUAAAUUGUUUCA